GCUCCUUGUAUCUAUUGGGCUGUGCAUACUUAUAAUCAUAAUGUAUUCUACAUUAGUAUUGUUACCGUUGAUCGCGUUAGCCAACUCGGCCGCGCUUCCUCCGGUUGACCUAGCCAGCUAUGUCUUGACCAGUACGGGAGAAACAAAUGGCGGAAACACUUUCCCCGGUGUUUCUCGACCACUGGGCAUGGUCAAGCUUGGCCCUGAUCUCUACUCUGGCACAGAUGCUUACUCGGGGUAUCUUGCAAAGGGUAACUUCACUGGCUUCACUAUGCUUCAUGAGAGCGGCACUGGAGGCGCUCCAAAAUAUGGCGUCGUUUCUCAGAUGCCUGUUGUUGGGACGGUAAACAACCCCCUCAGUGACGCCAUCAACGACACUCGCGCCGCGCCCGAUUAUACCGAGAUUGGCUACUACAAAGCAAGUCUUGGCUCUGGAACUGUCUUAGAAUUGGCCGCUACCAACAAAGCGGGCAUGUUUCAGUACACGUUCCCUAGCGUCGACGAAGAUCUCAAUGUCCUUGUGGACGUAUCCCACGUCUUGUCAUCCUACCGCGGCCAAGGGCUAGAACAGCACUUCUUGGGAGGAAGUAUUAACGUCGAAGAAGAUACCGAUGUCGGGUACUAUUAUUAUACUGGAUCGGGCACUUACAACAAUGGAUGGAACAGAGCUGGUCCUUGGACAGUCUAUUUCUGUGGAUACUUUGACGCCCCGGCUUCGUUCAAAACAUUCAUUGGAACGAGCCUAAACACGUCAACUCUGGCUGAGUUUUCAAACGAGGAGACCAGCUAUAGUUCCAAGACGGCGAGGCUGGGUGCGCUUUUCACGUUCCAGCAAACCUCAGUGACCUCUAGGGUUGGCGUUUCAUUCAUCUCAGAGUCUCAAGCAUGUGCCAACGUCAACGCAGAGAUUCCCAAGGACACCAGUUUUGCGACGGUGCGCCAGGGAACUCGAGAUGCUUGGAACUCGCAGGUUUUGUCAAAAGUGACAACCACUGAAACUAAUGUUACGAAACUGAACCAGCUCUAUUCAGCACUUUAUUUCAUGCAUUUGCUCCCCUCAAAUAAGACAGGAGAAAACCCUCUCUGGAGCUCUGGUGAGCCCUACUAUGAUGACAUCUUCACUUUUUGGGACACACACCGCUGCACAACCUCUCUUCUUCAUAUCCUUCAACCAGUGUUUUAUGAAGAGCUCCUGAGAUCCAUGAUUGACAUCUACCGCAAUGAAGGUUAUACCUCUGAUGCGCGCUCCUCGUUUUGGAAUGGUGCUGUCCAGGGAGGCUCAAACAGCGACAACGUCUUCGCUGAUGCAUAUGUCAAGGGUGUGCGCGGCAAGGUUGACUGGGAAGGCGCCUAUGCUUCCAUGGUGAAGAAUGCUGAAGUCGUGCCGGCCAACAACAAUGAUCCGCGCGAUCCUACGGGCUCAACCAAGGAAGGACGAAGCGCACUUCCAGAUUGGCUACAAUACGGCUACAUCACUCCUCGAUUUGGAAGAUCCGUAAGCAGAGCUGUUGAAUACGCAGUCAAUGAUUUUUCGCUGGCAACAGUUGCCAACGGCCUUGGUCUUCAGAAUGACUUCAAGAAGUAUCUCAACAGAUCACACAACUGGCGCAACCACUGGAACACCAACAUGACUGCGCUUGGAUUCUCUGGUUUCCUUGGACCAAGAAACACCAGCGGCUUCAUCAGCCAAAAUCCCAUUUCUUGCGGCGGCUGCUACUGGGGAGACUUGUACUACCAAGCCCUCCCAUGGGAGUAUUCCUUCAACGCUCAUCACGACCUGGAGACUCUCGUUGAGUACUGCGGCGGAGCUGACACAUUCGUCAAGCGCCUUGAGAUGACUUUCCAACCUGGCAUUUACUCCGGCAACAGCGCCUUUGGCAGCACAAUCUUCAACCCUGGAAAUGAACCUAGUUUCGUGACUCCUUAUCUGUACAACUAUGUCAACAGACAAGAUCUUUCCGUCUUGAGAAGCCGCUUCAUCGCCAAAUCAUACUACAGCCCAACGCCAGGCGGCCUGCCCGGCAACAGUGACGCUGGUGCCAUGGAGUCAUGGCUCUUGUGGAGCAUGAUUGGUCUAUUUCCCGUCACCGGCCAAACCACUUUCCUCAUCGGAUCUCCAUGGUUCACAGACCUGACCAUCUCCCUUGGUGGCGGCAAGAAGCUUAAGAUCACCACCACUGGCGGCAGUGAAAACGUCUACUACGUCCAGUCACUCAAGGUCAACGGCCGCCCGUGGAACAAGAGCUGGGUGAGCUGGUAUGACAUUUUUGCUUACGGAGGAAGCCUCGACUUUGUACUUGGCAGCACACCAAGUAACUGGACAACUGGCCCAACGCCACCCAGUCCGGGAAGUGUAAGCGCUGUUAAUGCUAAGCAGCUGUUGACUGAUAUGUCCAAGGGAGUCAGCUCUUGAUCCGGAAAUGUUAAAUGAAAUUUAAAAAAGAAGGAAAAAAGCAAAAACAAAGCAAGAUGUAAAUAGUAGUAUAUAGUAUAUUUGUGAAAAGUAAUAGUUGUCUGC